UUCCUGACGUGAAUGUUACGGAUUACCUGAAGGAAAAGAAAAAAAGAAAUUAUCUUUUUCAGAACUCAACGACCGUUUUGUUUACUAGAAAAUUUUUGAAAGUCAAGCGACGGCCACAACCUCCACAGAGCAAAGGAAAAUCUAUUCGACGUGUAGUCUUGGUCAGGGGUGUAGAAACUGCAGCAAAUUUGGCUCAAUGCGUCAACUCUGAGACGUUAUCCCGUCUUCGUACGGUGAUUUGUUUGUGAAACAGAACAUUGCAAAGGGAGAAUGGCAUCAGAAACGGAUACAUUAGGAGAAGUUCUUGUUAGGGAACAGCAGCAACUUGAACAGCAGCAACAUCAUGAAAGAAUGCGGCGCAAACGAAAACGAAUUGAUAAUUAUUGACGAACAAAUAAGUUUAACUGAUGAGGCUAAUAUGGCUGAUUAUAGGGACACACUCCAACCGCUUGAUUUGGCACCCCCAAAAAAAUUUAUGCGUCCUCACAAAAAUUGUCAAAUCAAAAUGCUUUUAAUGAUGCCAGCUAUUGCAGAAUGGAUUUUGGAGCAGAGAUUAUUCGCACAUAUCAAUCACGAUUGGUACUCCUUGCUGCUGAUGCUGAUGAUAUUGCUGAUUUGGAACUGUCUGAUACAAUUGAAGAAGAGCGAGAAUUACGAAAGUCUAUGGAGGCAUCAUAGGAAAUGAUUAUAUUUUUCAACAAUUUUAUAUUAUAUUAUAAUAAAUUUAAAAAAUGGUGAUUUUGUCUUUGUUUGUAAAACUAUUUGUGUUAAGGGCGAUAUUUGUGUAUUAGGGGGGAUAUCGAAAGAAUUUUUUAGAAAAUUUGUAAACUCAACGUCAUUUACCUCACACUCGAAAUU